GCUGUGUCCCUCGGAAGGAAACGUCUUUGUCAGGGAUUCUGUGUUUUUUUUUACAGGGCUCAAGAAAAACCUAGCGACAUCCUUACCGUCAUUUGGAAGAAAGAUGCCUGAAUUAUUUGCGUUUUAUCGAAUCUAGAUCAAUAUUCACGAACUGAUGCGGCUAUGGCAAGUCUCGGUGUCAGCUUUAUCGAUGCCCGCCUGCAACAUCUGAAGGAUACAAAGUGAAAGAUAAAUUAUAAUUGAGUAAGUUUAUCUGAUCUCGGCAGACUUCAUCUGCGCGCAUGCGAGAUAGCAGUUCUGCGCUCUGGAUAUACUGAUGUCAACUGAUAUAAGCUGAAUGUCUGUCCAAGAUAAUGUGAUUUUGUUUUUCCAUAGACAUUUUUCUGUGACAUUAUCAUCGGCGAGUCUAAAACGGGAACAAAUUAGUGCCAUUUGCCUUGUAAAGUGUUUUUAAACGGCACAUUCGGUGGUUAAUGAACGGAUAUCUUCAUCUACAACCAGCUGACCACCUCUGAAUUCACUGCAUUAGAAGAGAUAACCUGGAGUUUUCUUUUAUUUGCUUUAACAGAAGCUAUUCGGACCCCAGAUAUUUACUCUUGUGUUAAAGGAGCCUGUAAGGAUCGUGGUUGAACAGUAACGGGAUCUUGGAGAUGUCAGGCCGGCCUAGGACCACCUCAUUUGCGGAGAGCUGCAAGCCAGUGCCGCAGCCUUCAGCCUUUGGCAACAUGAAAGUCAUCAGAGAUAAAGAUGGCAGUAAAGUUACAACAGUGGCCGCGACCCCCGGUCAGGGACCCGACCGACCUCAGGAGGUCAGCUACACGGACACAAAGGUCAUCGGGAAUGGCUCUUUUGGGGUCGUAUAUCAAGCGAAGCUGUGCAGCACCGGAGAGCUGGUGGCCAUAAAGAAGGUGCUGCAGGAUAAGAGGUUUAAGAAUCGUGAGUUACAGAUCAUGAGGAAGUUGGAUCACUGUAACAUUGUCCGUCUGCGCUACUUCUUCUACUCCAGUGGAGACAAAAAGGAUGAGGUGUAUCUGAAUUUGGUGAUGGACUACGUGCCUGAAAACGUGUACCGGGUGGCCAGACACUACAUCAGAGCCAAGCAGAAUCUGCCCAUGGUCUAUGUGAAGCUAUACAUGUACCAGCUGUUCCGCAGCUUGGCGUACAUCCACUCGUAUGGGAUCUGCCAUCGAGACAUCAAGCCGCAGAACCUCCUGCUCGACCCAGAGACAGCUGUACUCAAACUCUGUGACUUUGGAAGUGCUAAGCAGCUGGUGCGUGGUGAGCCUAAUGUUUCCUACAUCUGCUCGCGCUACUACAGAGCCCCUGAGCUCAUUUUCGGAGCCACGGACUACACUUCCAGCAUAGACAUUUGGUCGGCGGGAUGUGUGCUGGCCGAGCUGCUGCUUGGACAGCCGAUUUUUCCUGGUGACAGUGGCGUCGAUCAGCUCGUUGAAAUCAUCAAGGUGCUGGGAACUCCUACACGAGAGCAGAUCCGGGAGAUGAACCCAAAUUACACUGAAUUCAAGUUUCCACAGAUAAAGGCACACCCGUGGACUAAGGUUUUCCGGCCCCGGACCCCUCCGGAGGCGAUAGCUCUGUGUUCCCGAUUGUUGGAGUACACGCCUACGUCCCGAUUCACUCCUCUGGAGGCCUGCGCUCACACUUUCUUCGACGAGCUCCGUGAGCCCAACCUCAAGCUCCCGAAUGGAAGAGAGCGGCCUGUGCUGUUUAAUUUCACUACACAGGAUUUGUCCAGUAACCCCUCGCUGGCUUCCGUACUCAUUCCUGCACAUGCUCAGAACCAGGCAGAAAACUCUUCCCAGUCUGCCUUGGCUGCAACAGGUGCCAACAGUGGCGAUCGUGGUCCGAACACCAACGCUGCCUCUGCCGCCCCUAAUCCUUCAACUUGAACCCCAUCCAUCCAUCAAUGGGCCAAUUUUACGCUGCUGCUUAUUAGCCACGCCCACUCCCCGGGGUUAAUGGCGUGGCUAAAACUAACCCAAAAGCUCAUGAUAUGAUGGAUGCACCAAACCAAACCUUCCCCCAGUCAUUGUCUUUGUUUUUAUUAUUAUUUUAUUUAUUGCUCUAAAGGAUGAAUUGAGGGCUCAGAAACACCGCCCCAGGAUUAUCUGUGG